GUCUGACACUCCUGCAGGCAGCAAUGAGCCAGAGAAGUCAUGCUUAAGGUCAGCCCAAGAGUACCAAAGUCGGCUAUUGAGGAGCUGCAUCAAGGUUCACAUGCAAGGAAUGGCAGUUGGGAGGGCAGUGGAUUUGACUAGAUUAUAUGGAUAUGAUGCGCUCCUUCAGAAACUGGAAGAGAUGUUCGAUAUUGAGGGAGAGCUUUCCAGUGUGGUCAAAAAAUGGGAGGUAGUCUACACAGAUGACGAGGAUGACAUGAUGAUGGUUGGUGAUGACCCCUGGCAUGAGUUCUGCAGCAUGGCGAGAAAAAUAUACAUCUACACAUGUGAGGAGGCCAAAAGGCUGACUCCCAGGGUGAAGCUUCCAGCUGUUGGUGAGGUCAUCAGGUCCAAGAAAGCCGCAGCCGAUGCUGAUGCCACGGGAAACAACCAGGAAGAUCAAACUUGAGUUGCUGAUUAGGAUUGCUGACUCCAUCUACGAGUAUGAAUCUGCAUAUUUUGUUCUUCGGUAUAGUCUGGCCGUCAGAUUGUAAGCUUAAGUAGACCAUGUUUGUUCUUUUGCCGAAGCUGCUACCAAACUGGUCACACUGUUUCGUGCUGCUAACAUAAGCAACCAAAAAGAUGGAUAGGGAUGGUGCAUCAAUUUAGGGCUCCCAUGUUAUUUUCUGGGUCAUGGUCUUGAUAGCUAGGCUGAUCCUUGCAGGAAGAGUCAAAAAUAACUUGUGUAGAAGGGAUAAGGAAUUUGAAUGGAGGUUGAUGGAAGUCAGUCACUAUGUCUUCUGUUGUCUCCUUUUUAUUUUCCUUCCUCACCAUCAAAUGGAAUUUGUAUAUAUCUAAAUCAUUAUGAUACUGCAUUAUUGCUUUUUAUCUGAUUUAUUAAGUUAAAGACUUGCCAA